AUGGAAUCCGAAUUAAAUUUAUUAAAACAAGAAAAUUCCAGGCUUAUGGCUAGAGUCAAAGAAUUAGAACAGACCGCUAAAGAAAAAGAAGCGCUUGAAAUUAGAAUUGCGGAAUUAGAACAUGCUGUGGAAGAGAAUACUCAGCUUAAGGUCAAAGUAACUAAAUUGGAAUAUGAUUUUGAGGAAAUCAAAAGGCGAACCCAAAUCAUUACUAAUAUACAGGAAGCAAAGAUUCAAAUCCCCGAUCCAUCAGAACCAGAAGCGAGUUCUCUACCUAUUGGAGACUGCUCUGACAAAGAAACUUCAUUUCACCGCGAAACAAAUGACUCUGUAACUUCCGAGCAGAUAGAAAAUACAUCUGAUAGCGCACCUUCAACCCCUGUAGAAUGGGUUGAGCCCAGAGUUUCCGACUUAACUAAAUCGUUGGAAGAUAAAAAGAUUAAUGAUUUUCUGGAUCUAACGGAAAAGGAAAGGGUUAGUAAUAUGAUGAAGGAGAGAAACAGAGAAAAGAAGAUUCAACGUACUAUUUCUUCCGAAAUAAAUUCUACAACUGAGAUUUCCCAAGAUACUAUUCCUUCCGAAAUAUCGAAAAUUCCCUAUAACCAGAAAGUAGAACAAGGUUUAAGGGAUGAAUUAUCCGUUUGCGUCAAAAACGAUAAUAGUGAAAUUAAUAAUGUAUUUGAUAUACAUAUUCCCGAAUUCUCUUUAGAAGCAAUUAUAAAAGGAUCUG